CUUUGAUACAAGGUUAAUUAAUUUGUGACCUAUCAAUCAGAUGUUUUUAUGUUGUGCAAACAAUAAUACAAUGGUUGUGGUGAAGACAGGGUUCCUGAGCAUCUGUAACGGUCCCAAGAAUGCCCAGCGAGUCCGCGUCCAACUCUCAACAGAAACCAUCAUCCUCCAGAAAGAAGAGACAUUUGUAGUCAACCCCGUAGAUCCAAAUGGCGGUCAUGAAACAAAUGGAACAGAAGUGGACUCCGCAAGGGAGAGAGUUAUUACAAUAAGAAGACAAAGGGUUGGGGGCCUUGGACUCAGUAUAAAGGGUGGAGCAGAGCACAAUAUACCCAUCUUAGUAUCAAGAAUAUUUAAAGAGCAAGCAGCUGAUCAGACUGGUGAACUAUAUGUCGGUGAUGCAAUCUUAAAGGUCAAUGGAAUGUCAAUAGAAAGGGCAACUCAUGAUGAAGCAGUAAUAGCACUGAAGAAUGCUGGGAAUGAAGUUGAACUGACUGUCAGACAUUUCAGAGCAGCUACACCAUACCUCAAACAAGCAGCUAAGCUAGCAGACAGGGGGAAGUCUCCUGAAAAUAACAACACAACAGAGAACAAUUUAACAAAUGGAGGUGAAGGCUGGCAGACAAGAAAUGCAUCAUCAACGACGGCAACCGUUCACAAUCAAUCUCCGCAACCUCAGCCGAAGAUGCAGAUGAGAUGGGUCGAUAUGCUCUCAAUAUCCUUACUCAUGGCCAGGGUCACAAGAUAUGCGAAUGGCUCUGAUAAGAUCAGGCCGAAUACGUUCGAGGUGGUAGGUGUGGACGGGACAUCGUCGGGAAAACUUCUCUGUCAAAGUUCAACAGAGCUCAUUGAUUGGCUCAAGGUCAUCAACUCAAGUGUAGCAACUCUAAACGCCCAGUCAAUGAAGCUGUCUAAUGAUCUUUUACCUCCUGUAGACCAAAUCAUGCACUUUGGCUGGGUGGAAGAGAGACUCGCAAGCAACUCACAUCAUAACAUAUGGAAGCCUAAAUUCUUGGCAAUAAGAGGAGCUGAUGCCCUCAUCUUUGAAUCACCUCCUGUGAACCCAAGGGACUGGAUUAGGUGUGAAAGAAGUUACAAGCUCUUUGAAACUGUCUCAAGAAUAUUCAAGGAUUCUGAGCUUCAAGACGACCGCGCCCAUUGCUUCCUCCUUCAGUCCGGGGCAGAGGACUGUCAUUAUCUCAGUGUCGAGAACAGGAGUGAGUUAAACGUCUGGCAGAGCGCAGUCCUCAGAGCAACUCAUGCAUCAGUCAGCAAACUUUGUACCAAGACAUAUGGAUGUACAUGGAGGAAAAGGGUUGUUGGUUUGACCCUUGACCUAGAUACUGGUUUCACGCUGUUCGAUGCACACAACAAGGCUCUGUUAUGGAGAUACCGUUUCUCACAACUCAAGAAUUCCUCAGAUGACGGCAACGCAAAAGUCAAACUCCAAUUCACAAAUGCCAACUCAGGUCAGCUGGAGAUGCAGGAGCUGGAGUGCCCGAACCUUCGCAAACUUCUUCAUUGUAUGCAUGCCUUCCUAGCAAGUAAACUUGCUGCCAUAGACCCCAAAUUCCUCCGCAGUACAACUCAGCUCCCAUGCGACUCAUGACAGUUUGAAAGGGAACACAGAAUCAAAUUAUGAAAAUGUUAUUAUGUGAUUCGUACUUUUGAAGAUGUAAUGUUUUCUCUCUUCUUCUUCUUCUCUCCCUUGUUCUCUCUUUCUCUCCUCUUUGUUUCCAUCUUUUUUUUCUAUCCUAUCCUUUCCAGUAUUUCUACCCCUCUCUCAAUUGGUCUUGAAUAGAAUUAACACUGACAAUAUAAAUUAUUUAGUUUAUUUGUAAAAAAUAUGACUUCAUGGCAUUUUACUAUUCCUACUUCGGGCACAAUAUUCUUGUUUAUUUUACUUUUACCUCAAAAAAGCACAACUCAAAAAUGUGUGCCAGCUGAAUUUUUAUGUCAGCCUUUUAUAUGCUAGUUACUUAGUUGUUAGUAGUUCCAACUCGCAGUGCUUCAUACCGACCUAAGUCUCAUGAUAUGUCGGGUAUUAAACCAUGUGAACAUUUCUCAUUUUGCAAUUUCAUGCAAACUAGUGUGCGAAAUUAAAUAUGAAAGAUCUCAGAGUAUGUAAAAAGUCAGCUGAAACAACGACCAGUGCUGUUUUAGGAUUAAACAAUUUCAGCUACAACUGUGUGCUACAUGUACUAGCAAAAUGCUUUAUGAUAUCCCACAUUGCGGAUUGAAUAGACCAUUUUCAAAGUCCUUUCAAAUUUAUUAAAAUUUACCUAGCAACAAGCUAUUUCAUUCACCUGUAUUUAUUAUUGUAUCUCUAUAGUAACAGUCCAAAUUGUAUACAUCAGUUAUUGCUAGGUCAGACAAGUAUCAUGGAUUGCCCUACCUAGCAACAUGUACUGUUCGCAAUUUGCAUUCUGACAAUGGAAAUUUAGUAAUUUGUAACAGGUGGAUGAAAUAGUUUGCAACGAGGUACUAGACGGUAAACAAAUUCGAUGAGAUUACGAAAAUUGCCUAUUAAAGCACUGAUGAAUUUGCUAUAUUGAGGCUGGUAUAGGGAUUACAUGCUGCAUCUGUCUGAAAGAUGGUGAAAAUUGUUAUCAUUUUCUGACGUUAAUUUUAGUUAGGAUGACUUGAAAUGAUGAAAACAGACAAUUUUAGUUGAGAGGUCAAAUUUCAUCAGUCACACAAUCCCCAGAGUCCUUUCUUCUAAAAUAAUGCUCGUAUUCAAAAAUCGCCAUUUCUUAUUAGAAAAUGAUUAUUACUUUUGUAGUAAUAAAAUUAUAAAGGGUAAAAUCAUUGAACUUCUUGGUCAUUUACAGAGCAAGAAUUCACCGGACAUGUUAAAAGCAGUAUUCCAUUUAUAUACUAAGCAGUAUUCAUCUUUUCUAUUUCGUUCAUAGAUAACUGUACUUAAUUUACUUUUGAAAUAUUUUGCGUAACUGAGGAAUCAUGAAAUACCGGCUGUAAGCAUUUCCACCCCCCCCCCCCCCCCUCUCUAGAAAACAUAACUUGUUUUACUUUGAAAUAUGAGAAUGAUAUGAUCAUGUCUAACUAUUGUAAUUUGUGAGACAAUAAUUUGUUAGCCUUUAUUGAAGAGAGCUUUGAUAUGAGUGUAUAUAUUUUAUGGAUGAGAUCAAGAGCAGUGUUGGCCUUGAAAUAAUAUUUUACCUGUAUACAGUGUACAGUUUUCUUUGCUUUUCAAUGACGGGAGGCACUCUUUUUUUUACCCGGAAGGUUCAUAGUUCUGAAAAACACACAUUUUCCAUAUCAUGGGGUUGAUAAUUCCGAUCAUUUAUUGUGUUAUUUUGAAUUCCGAAAGUGAAAUAGGGUUCAUUAUUCAGAAGGUACCGGUAUGUAAUUCCAAAAAUGAAGUACUGUUCAUAAUUCUGAAUAUUGGUUCCAUUUUUCUGAAGGGUCGCUUACCCCAAACUUGAUAAUUCGGAAAGUGAAAUAGGAUCAUUAUUCUGAUAAUGAAAUAGGGUUUGUUCUUCCAACGACAUGACAAAUAUUGCAGGGUUCUAUGUCAUUUUCAGAACUAUAAACCUUUUGAAUUUUUUUUUUUAAUUUUCAGAAAUACAUACCUUCAGAAUUAUAAAUCUUUGGAAAAACAGCAUGCAAAAAUUACAGAUAUUUAAUGCCCACAUGUGGACAGGGAGAACUGUUAUUAAAUGAUAUAAUAUAUAGGAAGGACUGACUUUGAAUUGGAGAUAAUGAUAGAUUUAAAUAUACUUGAUCUACUUACUGGUCUACUUAAGCCAUUAAUAUGUAAGCCAACUAAAAACUUUUGAAGCUUUAUUUUGAAAAAACGAUAUCAAAUAUAUGUUUCCAAUGUUUAUUAUUUUAGAAUUCAUGGGAAUUAAAAAGAAGUGCUACAAGUAUUUGUGUUGGUUUUUCUUUUUGAACUCCAAAUUUACAUUGAAGUCUUAAUUGAAAUGUUAAGAAAUAAGAUAUAAAAAAUUAGUGGAUUUUGAAGAAACCUCUUUCAAAUUUAUUGACUGAUUCUGAUGUAUAUUUAUAUAUUUUGGA